AUGGCAAUUAGUUUACCAAUGGAAGUAAUGGAAAUAAUUUUUAACUUACAAAAUAUUCAUACAUUACAUAAUCUCAUCUUAGUUAAUCGUCAAUGGAGUUCUAUAGCUAUUCAGUCGUUGUGGAAUGAUUCAUUUAGUAAAAUUUUAAGUAAUUAUGAAGGAGAUAAAUUACUAAUUAAAACUUUGUUAGUUUGCGACAACUUAAUUCCUUUAAUCGAAGAAAUUAAAAUUAAUAAACAAAUAAUCAACGAUGGUACAUAUAAUAGUUGCGAUUUACUUUCAAAAAUGUGGACAAACUGUGCGGUUAUCAAUGCAAGAAAAAGUAAAUUUUUAGAUCAUCCAUUCUUUUGCACAGAAUUUGAUAAGGAAAGCGCAAAUGAUUUUGAAAAUUUCCAUAAUGAAUAUACAUUGCUGUUAGUUGAAACAAAAAAAUAUCUAUCAAAUUAUACUAACAUGACCGACGAGUUUGGAUUCGACAAUAUUCGGUUACCUAAAUGGACGUGCAUGGAUUCCGAAUUACGAACGGAACAUUUCUAUAAUAUAGGUUUUGAUAAUUUGUUAGAAUGUGUAAAAAUUUGGGUUAAAAAACAAGAUGUAAUUUACGUUUUACAAAAUAAUGACGGAUUCAAAGCUUUGGCUAAGCAUGAUUUUUAUUUAGUUUCUGCAAUUUUAAGAAGAGUUCUAGUUACAGAUUAUGAUAAAGUAACAUUAAAAUCUGAAUAUAUUUCUAAAUGGAACGCUCACGGAAUUGAUUUAUCUAAGGAAUUUUAG